AUGACAAAACGUAGUGGAGGAUUACAUGAAGCGAUUGGGAAAGUAACGGAUCGUAAUGCGCCGGAUGGAGCAUGGGUUAUAGCAAAUGUUGUUGGGAUGGGCGUUGAAUUUGACUUUUGGGAUGAAGGUGUGGGAAUAGAAUCCUUUAAAAAGAGUUUACCCGAUGAUUGUGUUUGCUUCUGUUUGUUUUCGUGUCGUUUAACGUAUGAAGGCGUACCAAAUGUGAAUCGAAUUGUUUUUAUUCAUUGGAAAGGACCAAAUGUUAGAGGAAUGAAAAUGGUGAAAUCAAAUCAACUCACACAAAUGGCUUGGGAUGUAUUAGAGCCACAUCACGGUCAACUCGAAGUUCUUAAUAAAAGUGAAAUUACAAAAGAGGUUUUGCUUCAAAAGUUGGAUCCAAGGGCUGGAACUCAUGUCGUUUAA